CGUUUACGUGGACAGCACACAGCUACUAAAACCUCCCAAAACCCCUGGAAAAAUCCAACUUUCGGUCAUAUACUUGCCAAAAAGUCUCUCAGAUCGCGUCAUAAAAUGAGGCGAUUUAGCUCACUCGCCGCCGUAUGCCGCGUCACCGCCUCACCGGCGGCGUUGGAAAAUCCCAUCCAUAAUCAACAUCGACUCUUCCAGUCGGCUCUGUUUAGUACUGGCAGCAAUAACUACUCGGCGAGGUCUCAAUGGUUCCCGUACGAUAAGGUCACUCCUCAGUCAACUCGUAAAGCUUUCGCCGGGACCAUGCUGUUCUCGGUCGCAGCCACAACCCUCGCUGAAGAGGUUCAUGCGAAAGAGCAUGUGCAGUCGAAAUUUCGCCCCAACGACGUCGUUCUCUAUCAGUACGAAGCUUGCCCAUUUUGUAACAAGGUUAAAGCAUUCCUGGAUUAUUAUGAUAUUCCAUACAAAGUUGUGGAGGUCAACCCCAUCAGCAAAAAGGAAAUCAAAUGGUCUGAUUACAAAAAAGUGCCUAUAUUGAUGGUUGAUGGUGAUCAAAUGGUGGACUCUUCAGAUAUAAUUGAUAAGUUGACCAAAAAGAUUCAUCCUGAUGUUCAACUAGAAGAUGAUGAAGAGAAGAAGUGGCGUGGGUGGGUGGACAAUCACUUGGUGCAUAUCUUAUCACCAAAUAUUUAUCGAAGUACUUCCGAAGCUCUCGAGUCAUUUGAAUACAUAACCAGUCAUGGUAAUUUCAGUUUUACCGAGAGAUUAACAGCAAAGUAUGCAGGAGCUAUGGCCAUGUAUUUUGUAUCUAAGAAAUUGAAGAAAAAGUAUAAUAUUACCGAUGAACGUGCAGCGUUAUAUGAAGCAGGGGAAACAUGGGUUGAUGCUCUCAAGGGUCGAGAAUUUCUAGGUGGUGCCAAGCCUAAUUUAGGUGACCUUGCUGUCUAUGGUGUUUUGAGACCCAUUCGCUACCUCAAAUCAGGUAGAGACAUGGUAGAGCAUACGAGGAUUGGUGAUUGGUAUACUCGAAUGGAAAAUGCUGUUGGAGUAUCUUCCAGAACCCCAGCAUAGUUUGAAUAAUUUGUGCAAGUUUUGAUUAGUUUUUGAGUAGGACCGAGGUCUGGAAAUUUUAUGCCCAAUACUAUCGUCUAUAUUUAAAGUGAGUAUGCAGUUUCACUAAGCCUUCAUGGUGAGAUGUUACAAUAAACUUUCCAAGGCAAUUAGGAGGCAAAAUACUAUUUUGACAUACGAAUUGUUUAUUACAUUAUUGAGUUCCAAGUCUCUACAUUAUGGUAACAGAACUGCUGGCCAUUGGGUUUGAAGCUUCUUCUUCUUCCACUUAAAUAAAAUCUUUGAUUGGUAUUGUAUCUA